AUGGUUCGUUUAAAGGCAAGAUAUAUAUUAUUUGAUGUUAUAUAUCCAAAUCUAGAAAAAGAACAAGAAAAUUAUUUAAAAAAAACUUGUUUAUUACAACAUCAUUCAACAUCACAAAAUGUUAAUUUAAGAGCAUUAUCAGAAUUAGUUAAACGUAAUAUUCAACUUUUAUUUGGUGAUCAAGGUUAUGGAACUGCAGGGAUUUCAAUCAUUGUUAAAUAUUUUUCACAGAAAACUUCAACUGGUAUAAUACGAUGCUCCAGGGAAUAUUAUAAAUUAAUUUGUGCAGCAUUAACAAUUAUAAAUAAGUUAAAUGGUAAAGAUGUUAUAUUCAGAAUUAUUAAAAUUAGUGGUACAAUAAGGAAAUGUGAACAAAGUGCUAUUGAUAGAAAUAAAAAAUUAAUGAAAGAAUUAAAAUUAAAAGAAUUUGAACAAGAUGAUUUUUCUAAAAUUUCUGAAGACGAAGAUGAAGAUUAA